AUGGCAACUGAAGACGUGAAGACGUUAGUGAACUCUACCUCCAAUAGUGCGGUUGAUUUGAAAAUAAAUUCCGAGUCUAAUGAACAUGAGUUGUACUUGUUAGAAAGUGCUCCAUACCAACGCUAUAAGAAGGACUACGAUGAGUACCGUAAAGAAAACCACCUCAGUGCUCAUCUUAUAGUCGAACACAUCUGGCCCAACUUGACUGGCCAUACCCUUCGUGGUCCGGAUAAGAUCAACUUUCGUUCAGAUAGCUUCUACUUCAUCAACGAGAAGUACUGGUCCUACGAAGAUGUAAUAGCUGAGGAAGGUCAGGAAAUUCUGGACAACUACUCGCUCACAUUCUUCCAUUUGGGAGGAAAGCUUUCGGGCCACUCAGGUAUAGUUCACGGAGGUUUGUUGGCUACCUUGUUGGAUGAAUUGACAUGUCGUUUGGCGUUCCAGAAUUUCGAAUCCAAGAAGGGAGUCACCGCCAACUUGAAUAUCAACUACAAAAAGCCAACAUACACGGAUAACUUCGUUCUCAUCAAGUGUUCUUUGCUCAAAAAGACAGGCAGAAAGUGUUGGGUCAAGGGUGCGGUGUUCAAAUUUGACACUGAAAAGGACGAACCAAUUGAAGAAAUCGAAAGCAAAGAAAACUUGCUUACUGAAUGUGAAGUUUUGGUCAUUGAACCUAAGUGGGUCAACGAGUUACAGAACCAUGACCAAAAACAUUAA